AUGGCCACAAUCUCCUCCAUCGCAACCCCUUUUCUUCUCGUCCUACUCCUCUCUGUCUCCUCCGUUUACGGCGCGUCUCACCACCACACAGCCGCGCCGGCGCCGUCUGUCGACUGUACGACUCUCAUACUAAACAUGGCCGAGUGUUUGUCCUUCGUUUCGAGCGGAGUAACGGAGAUGAAACCGGCACGUGCUUGCUGCGACGGGCUUAAGACGGUGCUUAAAACCGACGCACAGUGUCUCUGUGAGGCUUUCAAGAGCAGCGCUUCUUUCGGUGUCACCUUGAACAUCACUAAGGCUUCUACACUUCCCGCCGCAUGCAAGCUUCACGCUCCUUCUAUCUCCAACUGUGGAUUGUCUCUUGCUCCUGCUACCGCUCCAGGUGUUGCUCCAGGAGGAGUUGCUGCUGGACCUGAAGCAGGCGGAAUCUCAGCUCCAAACCCGUCUCCAGGAGGAAACGACGGAUCUUCCUUGAUCCCGAUCUCUUCAACCACCGUAUUCAGCGCUAUAUUGUUCCUACUGUUCUCGUCUCAUGUGUAA